UUUUUUUUUUUUUUCGUCUCAAUUGUCAAAGUCACUGGAGCGAAUUGACCUGCCGAAGGCCCGAAGGCAAGGAGAUCGAAUACGGAGAGACCUCACAGACCCCUGAAUCCUUGAGAUCAUCGAUCACUGGGCUGUACAGGUAGCUGCUACCUUGCCUCACCUUUGGCUUGAAAGACUCGUGCGAGUCAACACAUCUAUACAUGCUUCGGUGCCGGGGAAAUCACUCUGCGCUUACGUGCACUGCCGGUUUCCUAGAGCUUCUACCCUCGAGCACUGCCGCCACAUAAUGAAAAAAGAGCGGUCACUUGAGCGUCGGAUCUUUUAGCAACUUGCCUCGUCCGGACCCCGCAUCGCCGUCGACGGGGUGCCGAUGACGCAAGCAAACAUGGCUUCCACGCCCUCGAGUCGCCUCAGGCUAACGCCGUCCAACUCGCCGUUCCUCGGCCGCCCCUCACGCUCACCGAUCCGGCCCCAGAAAGCGGCCGAGCAACCAGCCCGAUUGUCUCUGAAAAGGGUCGUGGGGAACACCUGCACCUCUCCCACAGGUCUCGACACUGUCAAUUCCUGCUUCGCUUAUGUUGCAGGUGGCGCUGUCGUGGUUGUCGACGUGCAGGAAGAUCAGUACUCUCAGCGAUUCUACCGUGCCCGGCCCACCGCCACCCCAACAUACGGAGUGUCGCCGGUACCACACGCACCGUCGACCCCGAACUCCACGCCGAAAGCCAACGACAGCAGGAAUAGGGGCCCUCCAAGCGAUUGGUCAGACAACCCGUCGUCCAAGACCUGGUCACAACGAGAGCGCAUCAAGGCGGCUACGUGCGUCUCGUUAAGUCGGGACGGACGAUUCUUAGCCGUCGGCGAAACAGGCUUCGCACCCCGAGUGCUGAUUUUCAAUCUUCAGGACAAUUCGUCCGAUAUCCCACUAGUAUCGAUUAGUGAACAUGCAUUCGGCGUAGCUGCCGUGGCCUUCUCUAAGGAUGCCAAGUAUUUGGCGUCACUAGGCUCCGCCAAUGAUGGGUUCCUGUACAUCUGGAGGAUCGACCAACGUACAGGUGCUGCCAGGCUAUUCCAACAGAAUAGGUGCACCUCAUCAGUUCGUGGCAUGGUAUGGAUUGGCAACAGCCUCGUAACGUUCGGUGUCCGCCAUGUUAAGGCAUGGAAGGUAGAGGAGCAAGCUCAGGCCACAUCUCCUUCCAAACAAAAAUUCCCAGGCGAUGGGUCAUUCCCAGUACCGCAGUACCAAAAACCCCUUCCGGGUCGUAACGUACUGCUUGGCUCGCUUUUGGAAGCAACCUUCACCUGCGCGGCCGUCAUCAGUGACGACAAAGCUAUUCUCUGCUCAGAAACGGGCGAUAUAUCUAUCCUUGACGACUCCGGUAAGCAGAUGAGGCUGUUACGGGUCACCAACGUCGAGUUCCCUGUGCAGUGCAUCUCAGUCUGUGACCAGACUGCCUAUGUCGGCGGCAAGAGUGGCCAGUUUACAACUAUCGAUGUGGUCAGACUCUGUGAUGACGGUGAUUGCGUACUCGGAACAGGCAAGUCAGCUGAAGGCACACUAGCAAUGGGCUUCGUCGGGCAUCGCCUUGUCACUACAGACGCAAAGCGGUCGAUAGCCAUCUGGAACCCAGGCCAACAGCCUGCGAAGGAGGCAUCGGGCACCGUAGCUGUUCCCAUCCCUGGCUAUAGUGAUGCUAUUAUGGGCGUUGGCGUUCUUUCCAGUCCCAAUCCAUCUGACUCCGCCUUCUUUACAUGGUCCGGGUGCGGCAAGGUUGUCCUCUGGGGCUCAGAUGGUUCCAUCAGGUCCUCUUUCGAGGUAUCUGUCGAGCAACCCGAAGUUCUGGAUGAGCUGGAGCCACCAAACGAGCUGUGUAUUGUUGCAGCAAGUAAACACGGCCAGCUGUUUGUCACUGCCGACCGACUCGGUGUGUUGAAGGUCAUCGACUUCAACACUAAAGAAUGCCUGAUGGAUACCAGAGCACACGCGUCUAUGUGCCAGGUAGUGGCGAUAUACGAGUACGAAGACAACAGCAGGAGGGCCAUUAUAGCGUCUUGUGGACGUGACAGAACCACACAACUUUUUCGCAGAACAUCAACAGGUACCUUUGAGCAUUUCCAGACACUGGAGUUCGCCGCAAAGGUGGUUCAUGUCCUCGUACCAUCAGAGGACAAGGUCAUCACCUGUUCCAUGGACAGGACCCUACAGAUCCAUGAUCUAGUUUCCAAAGAGGGCGAUCCAGACUCAAUCGCGGCAAUUCCAUCCCGGGUCAUAACGCUAAAGGGUUCGCCUUCUUCGAUGGUCAUGGAUGACAGGUCUGUCUUCGUUUCACUAUUGGACCGGUCCGUAUGUCAAUAUGAUAUCUCAACCGGCCGUCUUCUCAACACUUUCAAGUGCAUUGAUGAAGGCGGAGCCGAGUCGGUUGUCCUGGAUUCGUUAAUCUAUGGCCAGCCUCUAUCAACCAGCGAGCCAUCAUUCCUCCUAGGUGUGUCCAAUACAGACAAAUCGGUGAGGAUCUACGACUCGCAGAGAGGUUCGUUCCUGGGUCGCGACUGGGGUCACAGUCAGGCCAUAAACGGUGUGACAUUACUAGAAGAUGAGGGGCAAACCAGGACGGUGGUCAGCGUAGCCUCUGACGGUACAAUCAUGAUUUGGGCGCUUGACCUGAGUGAUCCGAUAGCUUCAUCGAUGAGUAGGGAUCCAUCGCCAGCAAAGGAGCCGGUAUUGACGUCAAGUAAGCCUACCCUCAGAAAAGUUCUGUCCAAGGCAGAGUUGGCCGAAUUCCAGCGGCCUUCGUCCUCGGGAGGACGGCGAUCACCACCCAGGACGCUGUCUCGUCGCACCUCAAAAUAUGGAUUGUUGGCCACUGGCUCAAGAACCCCGACGCCAGCGUCUCAAACGUCUCCAGGGAGCAGCACAAUUGUCGAAGAUUCUUCUUCGAGAAGGGUCUCCUCUGGAAGCGGUGACUCUGGCACCACUCCGCCGCCAGUAAGUCCAAGGACCCGCGGGGUAUGUAGGAGACCCUCGCUACCCGCUCUUAGUACAACGCCUCCAGCAGCCUUGGCCUCGUCCAUGUUGCUGUCUGGGCCUCGAAAGAAACAAAGUACGAGCAGCUUGCGAUCAUCGCCUGCUCUAGCGUCGUCUUCAUCCACAUCAACGUCGCCAUAUGGCUUCGGAACGCUCAGCAUGGCGACAGAACAGACAUGUCGCACGUUACGGGCAUACCGCAAGAAGCUAGCGGCGGCUGAUACGGACCCUCAGCAACAGCCUAUCCGCCCAGAGAUACUUGCUGAACUGGAUGCAGAGCUGCGACUAACCGCAGCGGCCUUGGGAGACCGUGCUAUACGUGACAGCAGCUCCACCGCCAUUCACGACAGCCUGCUCAGCGGACUUCUGGACACUUACUCAGAGCGUCUGGUCAGUAUGCUAGAUGAAAAGUUGCGACUACGGGCCAGCCUAGGCUCUCCGUCACCCGAGAUUGGAACCCAAACAGUUCUCCUCGGGCAAGAUACACAAAGGUCGUCCUACAGCAGUACCAGCAGUAGCGAUCUGAACAUUAUUGUUACCUAAGCUGUUGACAGUCUUUGCCCAACUGAUCAACUCUCAGUCUACACCGAUAUCCUUUCCUGUGUGGUUUUUCACAAAGCUUCCUUUGACUACUUCGACCACUUCCGCGCGAAGCAAAUGUAUUAUUACUUGAAAACUUGAUACCCUUCCUUUUUGUGGCGUUGUUUGUUUUGCAGACGUGGGCAUAGUAUCCGGACGGAACUAUAGCCAUAUGGGCAGCAGGAUCUGGAUGGCGAUAUUUUGGAUUUUGUCUAUGUCUGAUAUUGCUUUCCCUUGCUUUCCUUUCUUCUUCUUUUUCGUCUUCUUUGGGCACAUUCAUUCUGUUCUUCUUUGUCACUUUUUUUUUUGUAUGGCGUAUGGUGUUGGAAAUUGCAUUACGGGAACUUUCAGGCUGUUUCCCUUAGCGAUAUGUAACAGUAUUGGAGACAUCAAUCAGCACCGAAUUGAAUGUUUUCUCCA